UUGAGCUCACCUCGCUUACCAUUGUUAUACUGGUCAUCAUAUAUAUUCAGUUGUACUCGAUACCUGUUUGGAGUUAAUUUGGAAACAGUCUACGUCCAUUAUACACCGUGUGGAAAUAUUGUGGAGUCCAGGAAAGCAGUGGAGUUUGUCUGGUCGGAGUUCGUUUGGUUGGAGUUUUGGAGAUUUGGAAUUUUGUUAACGCCGGAAACUUGGAGAUGUGGACCUGGGCUGAUUUGGAUGUGAAAUGUGCAAAGAUCGCUGAGUCACGAGACGUGGAUGUCUUCAACUUGUAAAGUUUUAUAUAAAUUAAUUCUUACUCUGGAAAAUAAAAUAAAUGUCAAAGGUAUUAACAUCAAUUAUCUCAAAACUGGUACUGGAAAACAAACAGUUUUAUUCUCACCAAGCCCUAUAGGAAGUAUAUGGACAGACUUUAAGCCACAAAUUGAAAGCUUAGACAAGACAAAAUUCACAAUCGUUGCGUGGGAUCCGCCAGGUUAUGGAAAAUCUCGUCCACCGGAAAGAGAUUACUCAGGAGAUUUUGGUCAAAGAGAUGCUGAAUGUGCUUAUGAAUUAAUGAAUACUUUGGGUGUUUCUAAAUUUUCUCUAGUUUCUUGGAGCAGCAGUGGGAUUUCUUCUAUGAGAAUUGCUGCUACAUACCCUCAAUGUGUUGAUAAACUUAUUUUAAUGUGUUGUCCCAUACAACCAUCUUUUCAAGAUUUAGAAACUCACAACACUAUGAAAAAUCUGAGUACAUGGCCUAAAAAAAGGAAAGCAUCUUUGGUAUCAUUGUAUGGUGAAGAGGAUCUCAGUAAAAUGUGGAAUUCAUGGGUAGAUUAUUUGAUUCAUGUUUUUAACAAUGAAAAUGGUACUUUUCUUAGAGAAGUUGUUCCAAACGUGAAAUGUCCUACAUUAAUUCUACAUGGUAACAAAGAUAACUUUGUCCAUCCAAAAAAUGCUUUCAUCCUAAAUAGUAGUAUCCACAAUUCAAGAGUAACGAUACUUGAAGGAGGACAUAAUGCUCAUCUUAAAUAUCCCGACGAGUAUAAUAAACUAAUAACGGGAUUUUUAUUAGAAGAAAAUUAAAACAUUCUAUAAAAAACAAUAUAUAUUCAUUUUUGCACAACUCAAUUGCGAAGCAAUGAGACGUGUUCUGCUAACGCUUACUCGGUCCGGCUGAUUCACUCACGUAAAAAUCACAUUUAUACUUAUCCUAAUAUUAUCAACUAGAAAAAAAUUCGUAGCAUUUGAAAGAUAAUUUAUUAAUUAGUAAAAUUAACACAAUUUUAAUUUACUUUUGUUAAGAAUAAUAAUUGAAAAAAAAAAAAAAAAAACCUGUGAUGUCCGUCAAUAGGUACAGAUGUUGGUAAACACGAUAAAGUAAAAAAUACACAACCGAGUGAUCUAUUUUUUCUUUUUAUUACACUUGAAUACUUAAAUAGGAGAGCUCUAUUGAAAAUCACUAUCCAAAUCUUUUUGGUUUAAUUAUAAUUAGUAAAAACUUAAAACUGGCGAUUCCAUUUUUUUUAUCAUUUUCAUUAAUUUUUUAAAAAAUAUUUUUUUACAUAUAAUAGGCGCGUCAUUUAUUGCUCAUUAAAGAAUAAGCAGUUGAGUUGUGCACGUUUGGAUUUUCCAACUUUUUAUUAUUACUAAUACAAUAUCAUUGUCCUGAUAUUAUUUGAAUAUCAAUUAUAUCUUUACUAAUGAAAU